AGUGUUGUAGUACAAUUCCUUUAGUAUUAAUUUUAAAUAACAGAAACUAGUGCUAGAACAAAAACAUUACCCACAAUACUUUGCAAGCAUCAACAUAACUCCCCUAUGAUGAACAUAAUUUAUAGAGAAGUUAAAAACCAGAAUACAUUGUGGAUGUGGAACUGGCACAGACAAAUCACUGAGGCCUCAGCAAAUUGAAAAUUGAUGUGAAUUCCAUUAAAUCCACAGCAACAUGUGGUGGACCUGGGACCCGUUCCUCAAGGAGGUAUUUCACUUUUCUCUGUGUUCUCGAGGGAUCACACUUGCAAUGCAGAUAGUCUUCAACACUCUAAUUCCAGACCAUAAAGCUGAUGCCUUCUCCCCUCCACAUACCUCUCCAGAUAGUACGGGGGAUCACCUAACAGAAUUUCUUCUAGGGGGGCUUGGAAGAUGGGAUGCUGAACAUUUCCUCUUCAUAGCAGAACAUGGAUAUGUAUAUGAACACAAUAUGGCAUUCUUUCCAUUGCUCCCUAUCUGUCUGACUGGUUUGGCCAAUGGACCACUUUAUCCUUUGAAAUGGACGCUCACCUUACGCAGUAGACUUCUGGUAUCUGCUGCUCUGCUAAACUGUUUCUGUUUCACAUUAGCAGCUAUUUCAUUAUACCUUCUGGGCUGUGUAGCUCUGCAGUCUCGCAGUACUGCCUUUUUGGCAUCUCUACUCUUCUGCAUGAGCCCAGCUUCAAUUUUUAUGACUGCUGCCUACUCAGAGAGCUUGUUUGCACUUGCCACUUUUAUAGGAUUGUGGCUACUGGAAAAGCACAUGAUCCUCCGUGGUUGUAUUUUUCUAUCCCUUGCUACAGCCUCUCGUUCCAAUGGUAUGACCAAUGUGGGGUUUUUGCUGCAUGCAGUGGUCCAAUCAAUUGUGAAUGGCUCACGAAAUUGCCAUAGAAUGGGAAGGACCUUUCUAGGGAUUUUUGUGGUAAUUCUUCCAUUUGCACUUUUCCAGUAUUUUAGUUAUUCUACAUUCUGCCUGGCCUCUGCAACAAAAAAUAAAGUUCCUAGAGAACUAGUGAAAUUAGCAAUAACUAAGGAGUACCGUCUUCCAGGUGCACAAUUUCCCACCUGGUGCUCAACCUACCUUCCAAUGGCCUAUUCCUCUAUACAAAGUGAGUACUGGGGAGUUGGCUUCCUCCAGUACUUUCAGCUGCGCCAGCUUCCAAAUUUUCUUCUGGCAUUACCAGUGAUAUUAUUGAGCACUAGAGCGAUAUGGGAGUAUUUUCAGGCCAAUCCAUACCUAUGCAUAAGUUUGGGACUGAGGACAGUACAGCUGAAGUCAUCCAGUGGAUAUUGUGGACAUCGAGUUUUCCUUUAUGUGGCACACAUUACAGCACUUAUGGUUUUUGGAGUCCUCUGUAUGCAUAUACAGGUCCUCACCCGACUGCUUUUGUCAUCUUCUCCAGUACUCUUUUGGUACUGCUCUCACCAGCUCCAGAAAAAUGAGCCCUGGAUAUGGGGUCUUGAAAGAGGGUGUGUAUCAUCUAACCCUGCCCUUCGUCUUCUCCGUUCAUGGAAGUCACUGCAACCCCAAACACGAGUACUGCUAGGCUAUUUCUUGGUAUACUGGAUUCUCGGGACAGCCCUGCAUGUCAACUUUCUACCUUGGACAUAGCCAAGAGGGAGUAUCUUGUAUUUACUACUCCAUUUUGACUGUGGCGCAAAACAUCAAUAAUGCAUUUUGACAAUUUUUUUUUUGUCAUGACUGGUUUGUCUAUCUGGUGCAUGAAAGACCUAUAUUGAAUUUUAUUUUUAUCACCUUUCAUUGUAUCACUGUACCAUGCAAGAAAGUGGUAUAUUAUUUGCUUUUGUGAUUCAAAUAUACAUCAAUGCCAUUCAAGCAAAUGGGUGGGUGAUGUGUUGGUGGACAGGACUACAUAAAAAAUACAAUAGUGUUUGUGUGCGCACUGUAAUCAUGAUGUACGUAGAAAGCUACAUUGUUACAAAAUUUUCAUUCAUUAUUCACCCAUUUAGAGCCAGAGUUGACUUAACAAUUGUGCCCAUUUAGGGACACGUUCUCUUUUCCUCUACAAUACUACUUUUUUUUUUAAAGAAAAUAAGAAUCUACUUUUAUACAUGCCUAGAUUGAAUGAUAUCAUCUUUGACGUUGCAUUUUGUGGUUUGCAGUAAGGUGUAACUUUUUUUUUUUUGUCAUUCAUUUUUUUUUCCCCAGUGUUAGACAAACAAGCUUUUGAUGACAGAUCCACAAGAGUAUAAGACACGGGAAGUUGUAAAUAUAAAACAUGACAUGUCAAUAUUGUUGCACGUUUUAGGAAACAAAACUAGAACAAGAUGAACACCAUUUCUGCAGUUAUUAGGCAAAACAUUUAAUUUAUAGUCUGAACUAUGUACUGGUGUUGCUUAGAUUUUAGAGCAAACACUGAAAACUGGAGCUAGCUAGAUAAUGGUAACUAGAAGAGCCAGUGCUCUCUAGUGAUGGCUAACCUUGACACCAUAAAUUAUUCCUGGACUACAUUUCCCAUGAUGCUUAGCUAGCUUUUAGACCUCUGUUUUGGAGGGAAGACCCAGCUCACAUUUAAAAAUGGUGGAUUUCCUGGACCUCAUUACAGCUGACUGAGGAGACUCAUGGUUUGAGUGAAAUGCAUUUUGGCAAUUUUAAGGACCGUUUGAAGCAAGUGCAACAUUCAUUUUAUUUUUGCUAUAUUUGUUUUUCAUCAUUGUUUUAAAUUGGAUUAAUAAAUUACACAUAGCCCUUUUCUGUGGUCCUGUGGAGUUCCAGUAACCUCAUUAAUGGGUAAAGUGCCACCCCUCAAAUUGGCUCCAAGCUUAUUUACCUCAGAGCCAGGAUUUUAUGGCUCUAAACCGUGUGCUCAACUACUUGAUUAUAUGGUUGAAAGUUUUAAAUUAUUUUUAAAAUACUACACUCUUGGGUUUUCCUUUAUUACCUGUGCUUUAAGUGAUAGUACAUUUACACCAGGAGAGGGUUAUUAUUUUUGUUGUUGGUAUUUUUAUAGCACCAACUAAUUCCGCAGCACUUUGUGUUGCUACCCUGAAAGCACAGAUGCGCUAAUUAAGGAGCCUAUAAACUUGGACUCCAGUCCGUGUGAGUGAAUCAGCUUCAAGAUUUUCCUAGCCUUGACCUCAGAAAAUAUAGAUUUUAUUAAAGAUUUUCUUUACUUAACUCCAGCCGCAGAAACAUUUCUCAAAAAAGUUUAGUAAAUAAAAGACAA